GUAUGCAUCAUCGGUGUAUGGGGUACCGGAGGAGUUGGGAAAACUACAUUGGUGAAGAAUCUGAACAACAAGCUCUUAAAGAAUAUGCCAAGUUCCAAACCGUCCUUUGGCGUUGUGUUAUGGGUUACAGUGCCCAAACCGCCAAUAGACAUAAGAAAGAUUCAAGCAGAAAUUGCCAUUAGAUUAAGCCUAACGAUAGAUAACGAGGCAGGUGUAGAAAGCAUUGCCGGUAAAAUCUAUCGAAGGCUCGAGAAAGAAAUGAGUUUUCUUCUCAUAUUGGAUGACGUUUGGGAAGCUAUAGAUUUGGAUGAUGUAGGUGUGCCCCAACCUGAAUAUCCCAUGAGAAGCAAGGUCAUUAUAACUUCGCGUUUUUUGGAUGUUUGUAAGCAAAUGAGGACAGAUGUCGAAAUGAAGGUUUACACAUUGGACGAGGAUGAAUCUUGGCAACUGUUUGUCAAAAAUGUGGGAGAUGUUGCCAAUCUGGAGUAUAUUCAACCAUUGGCAAAGGAAAUUGCAAGAGAGUGUGAUGGUUUGCCGGUAGCAAUCACAGUUAUUGGAUCAUCAAUGAGAGGGAAGACAAGGGUCGAGCGCUGGAAAGAUGCUUUGGAUUCACUUAGAAGGUCUAAACCUUAUAACAAAAAUGUAAAAGAUAAGGUUUACAGUGUCAUCAAGUGGAGUUAUGAUUCUUUAGAAUCUCGAGAUAUUCAAAGUUGUUUCUUGUAUUGCUCGUUAUAUCCUGCAGCUUUUCCGAUAGAUGAUCUCAUACAUUGUUGGUGGGCGGAGGGGAUCCUCGGUGAACAUGACACAUAUGAACAAGCCUACAAUAGGGGAAUCACGUUGAUUGAGAGUCUAAAAGAUGCCUGCUUGCUAGAAGGCGAUAAGAUGGAGAUUGUGCGGUGGCAGGUUGUGGAUUGUGUGAAGAUGCAUGAUGUGGUUCGUGAUGUUGCAAGAUGGAUAGCUAGUACAUUUGGAGAUGAACACACUUUAGUUUUUCAAGCUGGAAUUGGGUUGACUGAGAUAUCACGUAUUAAAAUAUCAGCUUCUGUCAAAAGAAUAUCUUUCGUAAGCAACGAAAUUGAAUGUCUACCUGAUUGCUUCACGAAAUGUCCAAAGACAACAUCUUUACUUUUGCAAGGCAAUGAACCCCUUGAGAAAAUACCCCACGAAUUCUUUUUGGCAUUUCCAGCUCUAAGAGUUCUGAAUCUGAGUCUAACUGGUAUUAGAGAACUGCCUUCUUCCAUCAAUAGUUUAUGUCAACUACGUGCUCUAAUACUACAAUACUGCUUUAAGUUGAAAGAGUUACCACCUGUCGCUAAUCUUCACAAUUUGCAAGUGCUCGAUUGUGAUCAUUCAGUGUUAGGUUGUCUGCCGCAAGGAAUGGAUAAUUUGACAAAUCUGAGGCUAUUAAAUCUGUCGUAUAGCUCUGUUGGAGCGACCUCUUUUGAUGAGAUAUCAUCUCUACACAAUCUGACAUAUCUUUCUAUUAGAGUCGAUAGCUCAUUAUGUUUGAAUAGAGAUUACACCUGGAUGACUAGAUUGAAAGGAUUUCAUAUUAAAGUUGGGGAAACGUCAUGUUAUGUACCAUACAACAUGUCAAAAAGGGUGAUAAAUGUCUACAAGUGUGAAAUUUUCAGUAACGGAGAGCUCUCAGACAUGUUGCAGUUUGCUUUAGAUUUGUACUUGAACGAAUGCAUGGGUCUGAGGAAGUUGAUUGCAUACAACACUUUUAAUGGAUUAAAAUUACUAAAAAUAGUGCGCUGUUCUUGUUCUUUUGGACCAGUAGAAGGUGGGAGUGGACAAUUUGACCCUUUGCCAAAUCUGGAAUGUCUCGAACUCUAUUCCGUAGAAAAUUUAAAUAGUGUUUCUGAUUUCGGUCAAUAUUUGGGUCUAAGAUUUUCUAAAUUAUGCCAACUGGGUAUCUCUCAUUGUGCAAGUUUAACAUGUCUUUUCAACAAUGGUGGAGCUUUUUCUGUACCCAAGCACUUGGAAGAAAUUUUAAUUGACGUUUGCCUUCAGCUGGUAGAGUUGUUUGUGCAAUGCAGCACGGGUGAUCAGGCAACACUUGUCAAAUCAGAAAUUCCAAGAGUUUGGAAGUUAUACUUGUGUAAAUUACCUGAACUAGGAAUGUUGGGGGAGCCACAGAGAAUGUGGGAACACUUGGAAGAACUCAUAGUGAACUAUUGUGACGGAUUAAGGAAGUUGCCUCUCUCUAUUCAAACCUCGGAAAACAUCAAAAUAAUAAAAGGAAAAUCAAAAUGGUGGAGCCAACUGGUAUGGGAUGAUGACAACUUCAAGUCAAAUUUAGAGUGUUGUUACGAAGAAUGGUAAAACUGAUGACAGAAGGAUCAAAGUUGAUGUUGCUUCCACUGCAUCACAGGGAAGUAUAGAAGCUGUGAAAGGACAUUCCUGCACCGAAGAGACACAGGUUCGAGAUAAAGUUAAUCAGUCGAGUCUGUUGUAAUGUAUUUCCUCAACCAGUCGAGUUUGUUGUAAUGUAUUUCUUUAACCAGUCAAGCUUGUUGUAAUGUAUUUCUUCAACCAGUUGAGUUUGUUGUAAUG